ACGACGGGCUGUUGUCUAUCUUGGUUUAGUUAUAAAAAUAUAUAUUUCACUGUACUGUCUCUGAGCUAGCUAGCUAUAGUCUUCCACUACGGCAGGUGGCAGUAGCAAACCUAUAAGGUUACAUUUCAAAUUUAGUGCACGCAUGUGUAUAUACAUUUUUGUAAAGCAACGGCGUGCAGCAACCACGGAUAGCAGUGGAAUCAUGGCACUGAAUGCAGACGACGAUGACUUCGAGUGGACACCCCCUUCAGAAUCUGAGAUGAAGGUUAUUCAUGCUCAGCGGGAACGACAGGACAAAAUAAGCAAGCUCAUGGGUGCCUACCUCCUCAAAGGCUACAAAAUGUUAGGAGAAUGCUGCGAGCAAUGUGGGACGAUUCUCCUUCAGGACAAGCAGAAGAAGAACUACUGUGUUGCAUGUCAGGAACUGGACUCUGACGUAGACAAGGACAACCCAGCCCUAAAUGCCCAGGCUGCCCUGUCACAGGUCAGAGAGAGACAGCUAGCCUCUCAGCCUGUCCAUCUGGACAAUGGAGCCCCCUCCAGUGACACCCCCCUCUCCAUCACAGGGCAGCCCCGACCAGAGCACUGCGAGGGAGCUGCGUCAGGACUGAGAGGACCCCUACCUCCACCAGCCAACCCCUCCCCUGCACUCACCGUGACCCCUAGCUUCCUCCCUACAUCCACCCCAUCCAUUCAGCCAGUCCAGGUGGCAGCCCCCAUAGUAGCCCCUGCACCUCACCCAGCCCUAUCCAGUGCUGAGGAUGCAGUGCUGCACAAGCUGCGGUGGGCUACACAGGAGCUCCAGCACUCAGCCUCAGUAGAGGCUAGUAUCCAGCUGUGCAGCCUCAUCCGCAGCUGCGCAGAUUCACUGCGCAGCCUGAAAGAGCUUCACCAAUCAUGAGACUGAACUGAUGGCAAUUC